CUCCACCAACUCCCGAACCAGAACCUGAACCAGAACCAGUGCGUAACAAACACACAGCUGUCUGUGUAGAGUAGAAGCACUAAGAGACGUGUAGGAGGAGGAGGAGCUUGGGAACAAAAAAAGGAGAGGAAAAGAAAAAAGAAAAGAAAAAAGGAGAAAAGAAAAGAAAAGAAAAAAGAAAAGAAAAGAAAAAGAAAAGAAAAGAAAAGAAAAGAAAGGAGACAAACCGAGCUGAGAGUCAGUCAGGGUUAGAUUGUUCCACCGUGGGGAGGGGAGGAGUCAGGGAGGACACACACACACACACACACACACACACACACACACACACACACACACACACACACACACACACACACACACACAGUGCCAACCCGGCGACGAGGUUGGGCCUGCGGUGCCCUGCUGCAACCCAGGAAUAAAGACACCAUGGAGCUGGAGAACAUCGUGGCCAACACCGUGCUUCUGAAGGCGAGAGAAGGAGGGGGUGGAAACCGAAAAGGAAAGAGCAAGAAGUGGAAACAGAUGCUUCAGUUCCCUCACAUUAGCCUGUGUGAGGAGCUCCGGCAAACUAUAGAAAAGGACUACAACAGCCUGUGUGAGAAGCAGCCGAUCGGGCGUGUGCUCUUCCGGCAGUUCUGCGACACCAGACCGGAGCUUAGGCGCUGUGUCAAGUUCCUGGAUGCUGUGGCGGAGUAUGAAGUGACCCCAGACGAAAAGAGGAAGGUGUGUGGACAGGAGCUCCUGGAAAAAUAUUUAAAUCCAAAGUCAGAGGACCACGUCCCAGAGGUGACGGAGGAGAUGGUGUCUAUAUGCGCUGAGCGCUUGGAACAGGAGGCGUGUAAAGAACUUUUCAUGGAGUGCACCAAGCUGAUCCAUGACUACCUGAGCGUGGCUCCUUUUGCCGACUACCUCGACAGCAUCUUCUUCAAUCGCUUCCUCCAGUGGAAAUGGCUCGAGAGGCAACCGGUUACAAAAAACACAUUCCGUCAGUACAGGGUAUUGGGAAAGGGCGGCUUCGGCGAGGUCUGCGCGUGUCAGGUCCGGGCUACGGGGAAGAUGUACGCCUGCAAGAAGCUGGAAAAGAAGCGCAUCAAAAAGAGAAAAGGCGAAUCCAUGGCUCUGAACGAGAAGCAGAUUCUGGAAAAAGUCAACAGUCGGUUCGUCGUGAGUCUGGCGUACGCCUACGAGACCAAAGACGCGCUGUGCCUGGUUCUCACGCUGAUGAACGGAGGAGAUUUGAAGUUUCACAUCUACCACAUGGGGGAUGCCGGUUUUGACGAGAAGAGAGCCGUGUUCUACGCUGCCGAGAUCUGUUGUGGCUUAGAGGACCUGCACAGAGAGAGGAUAGUCUACAGGGAUUUGAAACCGGAGAACAUACUGCUGGAUGAUCACGGUCACAUACGCAUAUCAGACCUGGGCCUGGCUGUGCACGUACCAGAGGGCCAGACAAUUAAAGGGCGCGUAGGAACCGUGGGGUACAUGGCUCCAGAGGUGGUGAAGAACGAGCGGUACACGUUCAGUCCGGACUGGUGGGCUUUGGGAUGCCUGCUAUACGAGAUGAUCGAGGGUCAGUCCCCUUUCCAGCAGCGUAAAAAGAAAAUCAAGCGUGAGGAAGUGGAGCGACUCGUCAAAGAGGUGGUCGAAGAGUAUUCCAGCAAGUUCACGGAGGACGCCAAGUCUCUCUGCAAAAUGCUUCUGGCCAAAGACCCCAACGAGAGGCUCGGCUCUCAGGGAAGCGCCUCCGAGGUGAAGGCUCACCCCAUCUUCCGCUCCAUCAACUUCAAACGACUGGAAGCCGGCAUGCUGGAAGCCCCUUUUAUCCCUGAUCCUCAGGCCAUCUACUGUAAGGACGUGCUGGACAUCGAGCAGUUCUCCACCGUGAAGGGGGUGGAGCUUGAGCCCAAAGAUGACUCCUUCUACAGCAAAGUGUCCACAGGAAGUGUCUCCAUCCCCUGGCAAAACGAGAUGAUAGAGUCCGAGUGUUUUAAAGAGCUGAACGUGUUGAAUCUGGACGGCUCCGUGCCCCCAGACCUGGACUGGAGAGGACAGCCGUCUCCUCCGCCCAAACAGGGCCUGCUGCAGAGACUCUUCGGGAGACAGGACUGCUGCGGGAACUGCAGCGACAGCGACGAGGAGCCGACGAGGCUCUGAGGGCGUGGCCAGGCCCAGGCUCCUCCCCCCUGCCACAGGAGGAUCUCAUUUUGUUUACAACUUUUGCACAUUUGUAUUUUUAGGAUAGCUCUAUAUAAACAUUGGAAUGUAUAUUUUCACUAUAUAGCCAUGCGGUCGAUGUUAUUUAAAGUCAACGAGAAACGGAGAAAAACAAAACAAAGCAAAGGAUCAGCGUUCCGUCAUUACAGCAGAGUAUUUCCCGAGACGACGUACGCGGACGCGAAGGCCGAGCGAACCCGAACGGCCCUGUCUCUCUGGUCUCGACGGCCUGCCACCGCCUCCUCACACCUAGUUUUCUUUUCGUUUCAGUUCGAUCCUAGUAAACCACACACAUGUACAGUGUUCUGUUCGCGCAGCCAAAAUUCUUUCACAUAACCCAGAAAGAAGGAAAUUAUGUUCACAGAUAUUUUUAUAUUUAUAUUCUAUGUUUCAUGAUUUUUUUUUAUUUUUUUUUUUUAUUUUUUUUUCUUGUGGUAAUCUUGACAAUCAAAUCCAAUGACCGUUUGUACAAAAGCUUUGACACGUAGCGGUUCGAAACGCAGCGACACGACGUGACUGAAGAACGCAGACGACAUUUCUUUUAUUUCUUCUUAUUAUUUUUGUUUGUUUGUUUUUAACGAUCCGACCAUUUCUAGCCAAGGUCUCAGACGUAAGGUAUGUGUCAGGGUUCUAGCCGAAUAGACGCACCUUCCGGUAGUAAACCAGAUCGUUUCCGUACGACGUCCAAACAGACACAGCCGCUCGUCUUAUGUUGUCGAUACGUGACACUUAUCUGUAAAGUCCUCGGUGUGUCUUCCUGCUGAUUUCUCUCUGGAGAUUUUGAGAAAUAAUCAUCGUCAGUGUUCCAGCCGGUCGGUAUGACGCAUGGUUAGUCUAUGCAUUAAACCAUCUUGCGUUCAUGAGUCCUGAGGCGUUUAUAACCCGUCGCUCGUUACGUAGUAAGAACGUCUCGUAAUUACAGUGUUGUCGUGACAACACGUCUUCGUGGCGAUUUUGUGCGUACGGAUAUGUUUAUUAUUCAUAACCUCGUAAGCUGUUCAAAGGGUUGUUGCUGCUUUCCUAAAUUUUUUUGGGUCAAAGAAACGAUAACCGCAAAAAAAAAAAAAAAAACAUAUAUAGAAAUCAAUUUCUCUGCCAAAAAAAAACAUCAGUCAGGUUAAGGCUUGGAACCCUGAUGGUCUCGUGUAGAUCUAACCUGUCGAUGCAAGACCAAACCACUUUUUACUUUAGUCCUCCAUCUCCAUGGACGGUGCCUUUAACGUUUUAAGGUACUCUUGUAAUUAGCGUUUUUAUACGGAAUCGUGACAAACGUCACCUCGUCUUCUGAGUCGGCUCCGCUUUUUUUUCUCUCUCUCUUUUUUUUUCCUUUUCUUUUUUUUUUUUUUUCUUGCACAUGCAGUAAACCUUUUUUUUCCUCGCGUUGUUCAUUUUACCUCAUCUGUGUCCUGUGGAUGUGUGUUUUCUGAUCUCAGACAUUUUCCCUUUCCCCUUUGUUUGAACUUUUAUCGGACACAAUACAGUCAGAAGACACGAAGGGUGAAGAGAAAGAAAAAAGGCUUUCAGACCUCGGAUGCGUGACUUGAACUCUUUUCAGCCUACCGACUCCGAGGUCUCGCCGGUUCCCACGGUCCACUUUUUCUGCUCGAAACUCAAGUACAUUCCAGUCUCUACCGUACUGUACAGAUGUAAAAUUGUUUUUUUUUUCUGUUUUAUUUAGCAAUAACAGGAUUUUAUAAAUGUAACUACCACAUAUACGCGUAUAAAGCGCGCAGCGCCGCAAGACUGAACUUCAGUUGACUCUUGUCGAUGUGUCCCUGAGCCAGGCUUUAACACUGUGAAGGAGGAGAUUUGCUGAUUUCUGUCACAGUUGUAAUUUUUUCUUGUUUUGUUUUGUUUUCCUCGUACGCAAUGCACUGAUGUAUUUUUACGUGUACAUAUAAAGUGUUUAUGUAUGUGCGUUCGCCUAAAUGCCGUGUGUAUGUGUGUGUGUAUGUGUGUGUGUGUGUGCGUGCGUGCGUGCGUGCGUGUGUGUGUGUGUGCUUGUUUUUGCACUGCAUGUGCCCAUAUUGUUGAUCAUAACCACUAGCCGAUGCCAUCGUGUUACUCCCUGGAUAAAGGGGAAAAAGUUACCAUACUACUGCUAAGGGAGCUGUGAGUCAUAUAUUGCUUUCAGAAGUGUAAGUUUGGCCAUAUGGUAAUAAUCAUCAUCGUUUUAAUGAUCUUUUACGUAUAUUUCUUUUUUUUUUUUACCUCAUUUGGAAGUGGCGGAAGUGCAACCAAUCAAAAAUGCUGAAAAAUAAAGACUCCUCCUUGAACCAAUA